CGACCGGAGCCAAGCUGUGUGGCUGAACCGAGUGAAUGACGUCUCUGCAUUUGCGGGCCGCCGACGCAGGGCUGGGUUUCCAUUUUCACAGUGAGUUUCGGGGGGGAUCGUCAACAUGGAGCCGGAGAUGGAGGACAAAACAUUAGAACUGAUGUGCUCUGUACCUCGCUCUCUCUGGCUGGGCUGCUCCUCGGUGGCUGAGAGUUUGUGUGCACUCAGGUGCCUGCAGAGCAUCCCCUCCACCCGGGCUCACAACCAGAACACAUCAGGGAUGGAGUCAACAAAUCUUGUUGAUGAUUUGUCACCAAAGAAGAACACGGUUUUCAAGCUUAGUAAUGGGCCUGUGGUCGGCUCCCGCAAGCGUCCGUCUGAGGGAAACUAUGAGAAGGAAAAGGAACACUGCAUCGCCCUGUUUGAUCAGUGGUCAGAGGCUGAUCAGGUGGAGUUUGUCGAGCGCUUAAUUUCCCGAAUGUGCCAUUACCAGCACGGCCACAUUAACUCCUACCUCAAACCUAUGCUCCAGAGGGAUUUCAUCACUGCUCUGCCAGCCCAAGGCCUGGAUCACAUAGCAGAGAACAUCUUGUCCUUCCUUGACGCCCGCUCACUGUGCUCUGCCGAGCUAGUGUGUAAGGAAUGGCAGAGGGUUAUCUCCGAGGGUAUGUUGUGGAAGAAGCUCAUUGAACGGAUGGUGCGAACGGACCCACUGUGGAAAGGCCUCUCAGAGAGACACCAAUGGGAAAAAUAUCUCUUCAAAAACCGCACAGCUGAAGUCCCUCCCAACUCUUACUAUCACUCUCUUUAUCCCAAAAUCAUUCAAGACAUAGAGACUAUUGAGGCGAACUGGCGGUGUGGGAGACACAACCUGCAGAGGAUCCAGUGUCGUUCGGAAAAUAGUAAAGGCGUUUACUGUCUCCAGUACGACGACGAUAAGAUAAUCAGUGGCCUUAGGGACAAUUCCAUUAAGAUAUGGGAUAAACAGUCUCUGGAGUGUUUAAAGAUCCUGACUGGUCACACGGGCUCCGUGUUGUGCCUACAGUAUGAUGAGAGGGUCAUCGUCACCGGAUCAUCAGACUCAACUGUCAGGGUGUGGGAGGUGACAACUGGAGAGGUACUCAACACGCUUAUCCACCACAACGAGGCCGUUCUUCACCUACGCUUCGCCAACGGGCUCAUGGUCACCUGCUCGAAGGACCGUUCCAUCGCAGUCUGGGAUAUGGCAUCCCCCACAGACAUAAGCCUACGCAGAGUCCUAGUGGGACACAGAGCAGCUGUCAACGUUGUCGACUUCGAUGACAAAUAUAUAGUGUCCGCCUCAGGGGAUCGCACUAUCAAGGUAUGGAGCACCAGCACCUGUGAGUUUGUCCGUACUCUCAAUGGGCAUAAGAGAGGCAUCGCUUGUUUACAGUACCGGGAUCGCCUUGUUGUCAGUGGCUCCUCGGACAACACAAUCCGGUUAUGGGACAUUGAGUGUGGCGCGUGUUUGCGAGUGUUGGAGGGUCACGAGGAGCUGGUGCGUUGCAUCCGCUUCGACAACAAGCGAAUCGUCAGUGGCGCCUAUGACGGCAAGAUCAAAGUAUGGGACUUGCAAGCUGCCUUGGACCCCCGUGCACCUGCCAGCACACUAUGUCUGCGCACUCUAGUGGAGCACUCUGGCCGCGUUUUCCGACUGCAGUUUGAUGAGUUUCAGAUCAUCAGCAGCUCUCACGAUGACACCAUUCUGAUCUGGGACUUCCUGAACGUCUCGACCAACGGCCAGUCAGAAGGGCGGUCUCCCUCCCGCACGUACACCUAUAUUUCCAGAUAGCAGGUGGCACCGUCCUUUGCUCUCCAACUUGUUGAAGCCCAGAGCUGAUGGCCUCUUGGUUGCCUCCUGGCACCCAUCUCCAGCCCCCUCUCCACCACGACCCCCCCACACCCCGUGCUCACUCCACCUUCCCGUUUGACUGACUGUUAAGCUUGCGCCCUUCUCCUUCCGGUCCCGAGACUCGCACACUGGUCGAUGCAGAUGAAGAUCCCGUCUAACAGAACCAACACCGCUCUACCAAGACGUCACCACUUUUUACUAAUUUAUGUUUUUGUAAAGUACAUUAACGACAGUAUUAACUUAGUUCUUUAAGACACAAGCUUCCUUUUUUGUCCCUGGAAAACGAAAGGAUCGAAGCUUCUGCUCCCUACUCUCAAGCCACCCUGCCAAAACAGGUCUCGGCAGAUAUGGGAUGGCUUCUAGAUAUAUCUAUUUAUAGACACCGGCACACAUUCUAUGGCGCAGUUGGACAGUGGAUCAGGAGCUGUGAUGUGGGAGAAAGAGACUCUUAACUCGCCUCCGAGGUGGAAACGAACGCUGAGCAGCGGUGGGGUGAAAAUGAGGGAACGUUUUUAUCUGGGGUGACUUGUGUCUCCCCCCCACGCUCUCUCUUCUCCCCCUUUUCUGAACCCCCUCACCUCCGAGGCUUCCCUCCUUAUCCUCAAGAGAUGCACACUUGCUAGGAGCUUGGGGCCGCGCACACACACUCAAGUGUGUUUUCUGUAUGUGGACUUGUGAAACGGCAGAUCAGAGCAAAAAGCGUCAGACAUGCAUGUGAGGUUGCCAUGGAUACCGCCGCCUGGCACACCUUAGCGUUUCUCUUCAACUCUUUAUUUUUGUUUAUUUUGUUUUUUUUAUUAUUGUUACUGUUAUUUUCCCCCCUUUUUUUUAGUCGUUUCCUAGUUCUGAGGUUGUAUGAAGAGUAGUUGUUUCACUUUUCACCAUCUUUGUUCGUUCCUUGUUCUGAUUUCAUCUGUCCUUUCAACCCUCCAGACAUCUAUGUGCUUGCUUUGAUCAUAAGAGAAGCUGGAUUUCAAGAGCUCAAAUUUAGCUGUAAAUGGAGUUGUCUUGUCAAAAAUUGUGUUGUAUAUUAAAAUGAUUUUUUUAAAGAAGAAACUUAUUGUGAAUAAAGUACUUGACCGUUGAGUGUAGAGAUGGAACUAUGUGUGGGUGACUGCGGAAGACGUGUCUGCAUGCUGGCAACUGUGAGAGUUCAAGUGUUUUGUGUACGUUUAAUUUGUCCACACAUAAAUGAAAAUAUCAGCAGAAACUGGCGUCAGAUCAGUCACAAGUCUGUUUUAAUAAAGGGAUGCCUUAUGACUUUCACUACAGAGG